UAAAAUCUUAUUUGCAGAUAAACCCGGUAUGUUUAGCAAAAAGUUUUGUACCUCACUCUGUGCCCUCGAGCAUAUAUAUUUACAUCAAAAAGUGAGAGUAUGUUGUAAAACUUUUCGUGGAGGACUCAAGAGUGAGAAGAAACAUUUCUGGAGUAGGUGUGGAAAUAUUACCACACGCCAAGAGAACAGCCCAUCCCACAACGGCUGCUACGGAUGGUAGAGGGGUAGAACCCAAAUGAAACGACUCAGAACAAGGACUGGCAGUUCAGUUCAUGAGUUAAUGAGGAGUUUAAGUCUUAGAUCAGUGAGUGGUGUAAACUCAAGGAAGUCUCUGGCUUGGUCUCGAUGUGGUUUGGCAAAGCAUAGCAUGGCACAGAAGUUUGACAGCAGAGGUGAUUCGAUUGAUUUCAUCAACCUCACAGCGGAUGUAGCAGACAGACAGACAGACAGACAGACAGGCAGGAAGCAGGAAGGCAGGUUCAGACCUGAGUACAGGCAGAGAAACUGAGGUUCAGCAGAUCGAAAGUCACACUGAUCGAAUGUAAUAUUAGCCAAUACUUGGUGAUCACCGGUGGUAGGACUGUUUAAUCUGGUGAAGAGUGAAGACCAGAACAACUAUCCAACUAUUUUCUUAAAAGACCAAUACAAUUCAAAUAGUAAAAAAUAAGAAACAGAACAUAAAGAUGAAUACAUUUCAAACAGUUAUCUUUUCGGUUGUUAUAUGAUGAUGCACUGAAAAAUCCUAAUAAGGCAUAAAAGGGUGGCAACCAGUCUCCAGUCUACACUUUACUGAUAACGACCCAAAAGGCCAGAAAUAGAAAAGUCCUGUGUGUGUGUGCGUGUGAGAGAGGAAGAGCAGGAGGCACUAGGACCCAGCAGGAGGAGGCUGCUCUGUGCCGAUGCAGACGUGCGGGUUGGAACGCGGCCCCGGUGCUGAGUCUGAAGAAGCUCAGAGUCGCUCCUGUGUCCGCAGCAUCUCCAGUAAACUUGUAUACUUGAAAGAACAUUCAAGAUAAUAUUUGGUCAUUGUCUGCUGGAGCCAAAACAAUAACCCACUGUUAUUGUCACGGUUUGAGGGAGGAGAUGGACCCAGGAUGCAGAGGUUACGAACACAAAGCUUCUCUAACUGCCUCCAUUAAGACAACCCUAACCCCCUAACCCAACCCAAAGACCUCAUGGGAGGCGCAGCAUUGGACAUGGGAGGAGGAGGAGUGAAGGCUCCAGAUGGAGGGUGGGGCUGGGCGGUGCUGGCCGGCUGUUUUGUCAUCACUGGCUUCUCUUACGCUUUUCCAAAGGCGAUCAGUGUCUUUUUCAAAGAGCUGACCCGGGAGUUUGGGGUGGGAUACAGCGACACCGCCUGGAUCUCCUCUAUACUGCUGGCUAUGCUCUAUGGCACAGGUCCUCUAUGCAGUGUGCUGGUGAACCGCUUCGGCUGUCGGCCAGUGAUGAUGGUGGGGGGCAUCUUUGCCUCUCUGGGAAUGAUCCUCGCUUCCUUCUCCACCAGCAUCAUGCACAUCUACCUCAGUACAGGGGUUAUUACAGGUCUGGGUUUAGCCUUGAACUUCCAGCCAUCUUUGAUCAUGCUGAACCGCUACUUCAGUGAGAAGCGUCCUCUGGCCAAUGGACUGUCAGCAGCAGGAAGCCCUGUGGCGCUCUGCUGCCUGUCACCACUGGGCCAGGUCCUCCAGUAUAAGUAUGGAUGGAGGGGGGGCUUCCUCAUCCUGGGUGGCCUUCUUCUCAAUUGCUGUGUGUGUGCGGCCCUGAUGAAGCCUCUGGUCGCCCCUAAGGGCCUCCAGGUCAACGGCAAGGCGCAUGACGAGGAGGAGGGAGCAGAGGGUGUAGAGAAGAAGAAGCCCAAAGCCAAACUACUGGAUUUCUCUGUCUUCAAAAACACUGGUUUUGUCAUCUACACUGUAGCGGCAUCCAUCAUGGUGCUGGGGCUGUUUGUACCUCCAGUGUUUAUUGUGAGUUAUGCUAAGGAGCUGGGGAACGAGGACACCAAAUCAGCUCUGCUGCUCUCUAUCCUGGGCUUCAUUGACAUUUUUGCUCGGCCCACAUGUGGAGUGAUUGCAGGACUGAAAUGGGUUCGGCCUCAUUGCGUCUACCUCUUCAGCUUUGCGAUGCUUUUCAACGGAAUCACUGACCUGAUUGGGUCACAGGCCAAGGACUAUACAACUCUGGUGGUCUUCUGCAUCUUUUUUGGCCUUUCCUAUGGCAUGGUGGGGGCCCUGCAGUUUGAAGUCCUCAUGGCAAUAGUUGGUACCGAGAAGUUCUCCAGUGCCAUUGGCCUGGUGCUUCUCAUGGAGGCUGUUGCCGUUCUGGUGGGGCCACCUGGUGCAGGCCGCCUUCUCGAUGCUACCAAGAACUACAUGUAUAUUUUCCUGCUGGCAGGAAGUGAGGUGGUCCUCUCAGCUUUUGUUCUGGGUACUUGUACCUACUUCUGUGUUGGAAAGAAUAAGUCUUCAGCACCAGCGCACAGCCUGGAGGACGGCACAGUGAUGUGUGAUGCCAAGACAGAGUUCAACGAUGAAGAGGAGAAAGGCGCACGAGAGGAACGGGAGAUGGAGACGAUGAAGACGGCGGAAAGGGAAUUAAAGGAAGAGGAGGAGGAAGAGGAUGAGAAAUUAGAGGGGGUCGGGCCCGGCAGCGCAACAGUUGACUCACAGGAAGUGGAAAAGUUCCUGAAAGAGCCACACCAUAAGGUUGACACGGUCGUCACUCCUGAAACAUGCCUGUGAGCAGGGAUAGAGUUUGUUGGACAGAAUUAUACUUUCAUGCACUUUUUGGUUUUCUUUGUUUUUUCAAAAUAUUCCAACAGGAGGAUGAGGUGAAUUUUGAGGUGUUCCCAUGAGCUUUCCUGUCAUAAUGUGUUGAUGUUUGUUGUUUGCAGUGGUGUAAUCAGUAUCACUGCCACUGGAAAUGUAAUAGUUGCUGUAUGCGAACCUUUAUCACUAGAUGUUUUGGGGUCUGGUGGUUUAUACUAGACAGUAGAGAACCUGAGUGAUAAGACGGCCUUGUGUAUAGUUUAUUUCAAGAGUCCACAGUUUUAUUUUGAUGUAGCCACCAGCAAAUAAAGGUUGGCAAUAUUCUGUAUUAUUGGUGUAUCAGCUAAUGCCAUGGAAGGGCCAGAUGGAAACAAGCUUUUGGUGCAAUAAUUGUGUGAUGAAUCGUCCUUACCAAAGUUAAACCAUUAAUGUUUCUUACCAAAGUCCUGGUCACAUCAAAAAGGGGCAGGGUUGAACUCAUCCAUGCAUCUUCACAGAAAACCUUUGGUGCUAAAACCUUGGUGACAUUGUGACUACAAGCAGGUUGUUUUUCCAACUUCUGUUUGCUCAUUUGCUUUUAAGUCGACACAUGGAAACAACAUGGACACUACUAAGACAAUGUAUUGAAUUUUAUUGCCCAGAGCAGUAAAAUACAUAGAUAUAGAUAUGAUGUCAGAAACUCAAGUCGUAUACUAAGAUGUUUGCCGACUUAUGGAGUUGUUCUGACUUUUACAAGAAUUUCCCCCAUCAGGAAACCAUUGUCUCCUGUUCCAUAUACCUGUUAUUGUUUAUUCCAGCUCCCUGCAAGGCUUUUGGCCACAUCCUUGACAGAGUUCACCAACAAUUAACUUGCCAUAAAACAUUCAAAUCAUUAGUUCUCUCUGCCAAUUUUAUUGACCUAGUUUUUCUUGCUAAAUAUUUAGCAGGAAAUAUGCUGGUGUGACUUGGUCUUAACAGUUAAUGCCUUAAGGGUUUGAUCUUGCACAAAGGGACAAGAUGAUGUUAUCUUAAAUGUCAUUCACAACUUUGUGAUGGUCUUCAUCACCAUAUUUUAUUUACUAUGGCAUCGCCAUGCUUGAUGUAGUAGGCAUUUUUAUUAUGCAGUCAAGUGUGUGACUGGUUAAAUGUUGUUGUCCAUCUUGUCUGUGCUGCUGAGGACCAAAGGAUGAACAGAGUCAACUUUUUUUAGGGUGAACGGUUGUCGAGACCUUAUUUUAUACUAGUUUGUUAAGGAUAGGGUGACUUCAUCAGUGACAUAACAACAUUUUGUGAGUUUACACCUGUCAGGCUGUUGUUGUGUCACAAUUCCAUGCACCAACAGGUACAUUUUGAAAGGACCUGAACUGUUACUUGUGACCUUACUGAAGCAUCGCUCCUUGUCUACUUUGCCUUCAUGCUUCGUAUUGUCUGUAUUAAAUGUUUAUGUUUCAGUAAAAUAAUAUUAAAGGAAG